GCUUCACUAAGUGCAUCAGCGCAGGCGCAGGAGGCGGACAAAUUCUGAGGCUUCCGGGAGCGGGAGGGUUUGUCUCCCCGAUCCUUUCCGAGAUUACGGACACACAAGCGCGCCAGAGCGACUAAGAGCAAGAGAUACGGAGAGAACUGGCUUCCUCCUGCUCGUCAGCGCUCACUGGAAGCAGGCGAGUACGGGAAUCUGGGGGGACUUAAUUGGAGUCGCGUCUGCCUUUUCCGGCAAAGUCGCGCGCGCGCGCGCGCGCACCCACCCGACCGACCCCGCGCACGGCUCAUCUCGCGAGACUUGACUCGAGCCCGAGAUCCGGGCGUUUGUGUUUGCUCCGGGACCCUCUUUGCCGUGCUCCCGCCUCCCCCUGCCCCUGCAGUCUCCACCGUUGCAGCCCCGCACUGCCUCCCCUUGCAUCGCCAUGGGUUUUCUAAAACUGAUCGAAAUCGAAAAUUUCAAGUCCUACAAGGGUAAGCAGAUCAUCGGGCCCUUUCAGAGGUUUACAGCCAUCAUCGGGCCUAACGGCUCCGGGAAGUCGAAUCUUAUGGACGCUAUCAGUUUCGUGCUGGGAGAAAAGACCAGCAAUUUGCGGGUAAAGACUUUGCGGGACCUGAUCCACGGGGCUCCCGUGGGCAAACCAGCCGCCAACCGGGCAGCGGUCAGCAUGGUGUAUUCUGAGAACAAUGGGGAUGAACGCGUCUUUGCCCGGAUAAUUGUGGGGGGCUCCUCCGAGUACAAAAUCAACAACAAGGUGGUCCAGCUGCUCGAAUACAGCCAAGAGCUGGAGAAACUGGGCAUCCUCAUCAAAGCUCGGAACUUCCUAGUGUUCCAGGGCGCUGUGGAGUCUAUUGCUAUGAAGAACCCCAAGGAGCGGACAGCCUUGUUUGAGGAGAUCAGCCGCUCGGGGGAACUGGCCCAGGAGUAUGAUAAACGGAAGAAGGAAAUGGUAAAGGCUGAGGAAGAUACCCAGUUCAAUUACCACCGAAAGAAGAACAUCGCUGCCGAGCGCAAGGAAGCCAAGCAAGAGAAGGAGGAAGCCGACCGCUACCAGAGGCUGAAAGAUGAAGUUGUUCGUGCGCAAGUGCAGCUGCAGCUCUUCAAACUGUAUCACAAUGAGAUGGAGAUUGAGAAAUUGAAUAAGGAACUCACUUCCAAGAACAAGGAGAUUGACAAGGAAAAGAAGCGCAUGGACAAGGUGGAAGAAGAGCUAAAGGAUAAAAAGAAAGAACUGGGCAAAAUGAUGCGUGAGCAGCAGCAGAUUGAGAAGGAGAUAAAAGAGAAAGACUCAGAGCUUAAUCAAAAGCGGCCUCAAUACAUCAAGGCCAAAGAAAAUACUUCACAUAAGAUCAAGAAGUUGGAAGCUGCCAAGAAGUCUCUGCAGAAUGCCCAGAAACAGUACAAGAAGCGAAAGGGUGAUAUGGAUGAACUAGAAAAGGAAAUGGUGUCAGUGGAGAAGGCUAGGCAAGAAUUUGAGGAUCGCAUGGAAGAAGAGAGUCAGAGUCAAGGACGGGAUCUGACUCUGGAGGAGAAUCAAGUAAAAAAGUACCACAGACUGAAGGAAGAAGCCAGCAAAAGAGCAGCCACCCUGGCCCAGGAGCUAGAGAAGUUCAAUAGGGACCAGAAGGCUGAUCAAGACCGGCUGGACUUAGAAGAACGAAAAAAAGUUGAGACAGAGGCCAAGAUCAAACAGAAACUUCGGGAAAUUGAAGAGAAUCAGAAGCGAAUUGAGAAGCUGGAAGAAUACAUUACCACUAGCAAGCAGUCUCUGGAGGAACAGAAGAAACUAGAGGGCGAGCUAACAGAAGAAGUUAAACUCGCUAAACAGCGCAUUGAUGAAAUCAACAAGGAACUGAAUCAGGUGAUGGAGCAACUUGGAGAUGCCCGCAUAGACCGGCAAGAAAGCAGCCGGCAGCAACGCAAGGCAGAGAUAAUGGAGAGCAUCAAACGCCUCUAUCCUGGUUCUGUUUAUGGCCGUCUCAUUGAUCUGUGCCAGCCAACACAGAAGAAGUACCAGAUUGCCGUGACUAAAGUGUUGGGCAAAAAUAUGGAUGCCAUCAUAGUGGAUUCUGAAAAGACUGGCCGGGACUGUAUCCAGUAUAUCAAGGAACAGCGAGGGGAGCCCGAGACAUUUUUACCACUUGACUACCUAGAAGUGAAACCAACUGAUGAAAAGCUACGGGAACUGAAGGGGGCCAAGCUGGUGAUUGAUGUAAUUCGCUAUGAGCCACCACACAUCAAGAAAGCCCUCCAGUAUGCCUGUGGCAAUGCUCUAGUAUGUGACAAUGUUGAAGAUGCCAGGCGAAUUGCCUUUGGUGGCCAUCAGAGACAUAAGACAGUAGCACUAGAUGGGACACUUUUCCAGAAGUCUGGUGUCAUCUCUGGGGGAGCAAGUGACCUCAAAGCCAAGGCCCGCCGCUGGGAUGAGAAAGCAGUUGACAAACUGAAAGAGAAGAAAGAGCGCCUGACAGAGGAGCUAAAGGAACAGAUGAAGGCCAAGCGGAAGGAGGCUGAGCUGAGGCAAGUGCAGUCCCAGGCUCAUGGCUUGCAGAUGAGGCUCAAGUACUCCCAGAGUGACCUGGAACAGACAAAGACCCGCCACCUUGCACUCAACCUACAGGAAAAGUCCAAGCUGGAGAGUGAGCUGGCUAAUUUUGGGCCUCGUAUCAAUGACAUCAAGAGGAUCAUUCAGGGCCGUGAACGAGAGAUGAAAGACCUGAAGGAGAAGAUGAACCAGGUAGAGGAUGAGGUUUUUGAAGAGUUCUGCCGAGAGAUUGGAGUUCGCAAUAUUCGUGAAUUUGAGGAAGAGAAAGUGAAGCGGCAGAAUGAAAUAGCCAAGAAACGGCUUGAAUUUGAGAACCAGAAGACUCGCCUGGGUAUCCAGCUAGAUUUUGAAAAGAAUCAGCUGAAAGAGGACCAAGACAAGGUUCACAUGUGGGAGCAGACUGUGAAAAAGGAUGAGAAUGAAAUUGAAAAGCUCAAAAAAGAGGAGCAGAGACACAUGAAAAUAAUUGAUGAAACUAUGGCCCAGCUGCAGGACCUCAAGAACCAGCAUCUGGCAAAGAAAUCUGAGGUGAAUGACAAGAACCAUGAGAUGGAGGAAAUCCGUAAAAAGUUGGGUGGAGCUAACAAAGAAAUGACCCACCUGCAAAAAGAGGUAACAGCUAUAGAGACAAAGUUAGAACAGAAGCGGAGUGACCGGCAUAACUUGCUGCAGGCUUGCAAAAUGCAAGAUAUCAAGCUGCCCCUAGCCAAGGGAACCAUGGAUGACAUCAGUCAAGAAGAAGGGAGUUCCCAGGGGGAAGAGUCUGGGAGUGGCUCACAACGAACAUCCAACAUUUAUGCCCGCGAAGCCCUUAUUGAAAUUGACUAUAGUGACCUCUGUGAGGACCUGAAAGAUGCUCAGGCUGAAGAGGAAAUUAAGCAGGAAAUGAACACGCUGCAGCAAAAGCUGACGGAACAGCAGAGUGUACUGCAGCGCAUUGCAGCUCCCAACAUGAAGGCUAUGGAGAAACUGGAGAGUGUGCGUGACAAGUUCCAGGAGACAUCAGAUGAAUUUGAGGCAGCUCGAAAGCGGGCCAAGAAAGCUAAACAUGCCUUUGAGCAGAUUAAAAAGGAACGCUUUGAUCGCUUCAAUGCCUGUUUUGAGUCCGUGGCCACCAACAUUGACGAGAUCUACAAAGCCCUGUCCCGUAACAGCAGUGCUCAGGCUUUCUUGGGUCCUGAGAACCCAGAGGAGCCCUAUUUGGAUGGGAUUAACUACAAUUGUGUGGCCCCUGGCAAGCGGUUCCGGCCCAUGGACAAUCUCUCUGGUGGGGAAAAGACUGUAGCAGCCCUUGCUUUGCUCUUUGCCAUCCACAGCUACAAACCAGCCCCCUUCUUUGUUCUAGACGAAAUUGAUGCAGCUUUAGAUAACACCAACAUUGGCAAAGUUGCCAACUACAUAAAAGAACAGUCAACUUGCAACUUUCAAGCCAUUGUCAUUUCACUGAAAGAAGAAUUUUAUACAAAAGCUGAGAGUCUGAUUGGUGUCUAUCCUGAACAAGGGGACUGUGUUAUCAGCAAGGUACUGACAUUUGACCUUACCAAAUACCCAGAUGCCAACCCCAACCCCAAUGAGCAGUAGUACAGUCUAGGGAGAGGGGGAGGAGGAAGUGUUGUAGGCUAGGAUUAGUUGCUUUAACUGUCCAGUUUGGUAGAGAAACAUGUUUCAGGCCUACAAGGUGUAGAACAUCUCCCCUGUUAUAGAGAAUCAUGGUCUUUAUGCCAUUUAAGAAAACAUAAAGCAGUAUUGUAAAACUCAUUGGGGGUAUAUAUCUGCAUUGGGGUGGGGAAAGUUUAGUUACUUUUUUAGUUACUUAGCUUAGUUACUUCUCUGCCAAGGCCAAAUCCCAUGGCCUCUUUGACAAUUAUGUUGAAAAUCUUUCUUUUAGAAUAGGGGUUCUUAAUCUGGUGUCUGUGAUCUUCUGUGUUUUAAAAAUAUUUUGAUAAAUGUAUUUCAAUAUAAUUGACUUUCUUUGUAUUUUAUUUCUAUGUAUUUUAUGCUUUUGAAAACAAUAAUGUGUUGGAGUCCACAGGCUUGACAGCCUGCCAAAGGGGUCCUUGAUACAAAGAAGAUUCGGAUCCUCUGUUUUAGAAGGGGGGAGUAUUUCCAGUGCUGUUGACAGGGUUUAUGGGCCCUUGGUGUCCAACCCAUAAAUUUGUCUUGAGUUUUGAUUUGAUAUACUUAUAUACCUAGAGAGGUAAUUUUCAUCGCUAACACAUAACAGGCCCUUUAUUGUUACUUUUGAUUCUUUCAAAUCCUUUAUCAAAAUCUGUGUCUUAUUUAGAAUUAUGUGGAAUAUAAUUACUUAAUCAUAGUUGUAUUCUAUAGAAAAUUAUCCCACACAACCAUUUUCCAAAAAAUAGAUCCUAUCCCUAAGAGAUUAAAUAAAACCCAGAGACCUGAACUCAAAUAAUCUUAUCAGUAAAUUUAAAAUGUUCAUUAUUCUAGUAAGAAGGUCUUGGCUGUUGGUGAUUAAAAAAAAAACCCAACAUGGUAUAAUAAAAGGAGCACUGAGAUAGAAUUUCUGAAUUUUCUCAUGGGUUAUAUUAUUAUGAAGAUAAUCUAGGAUGUUCCAAAACUUCUCAGUGCAGUUUUAAACUAUUCAAGCUCAAGACUUCCCUAAACUUUUGAGCUUCCUGUAUAUACCCGUACAUUGUCAUGAUGCUAUUAUGAUCAUAUACAAUAGAAAUUUGUAAAUAGUAAAACACUAUAUAAUUAUUAUAAGAGUUGCUGAAAAAAUAGAGUAUUACAACCCCAAAAAUAUAAAUAAUCAUGUGAAUCACAAGCUUAAUAGUCUAUCAUUGAUUGGUUCUUUUCCAUUCAUAUUGAUUUUCCUUACUUAAUAUUUCUUUUUAGUUGUAUAGCAAAAAGUAGCCUUGAAAAACUCAGAUGAAAAAGCCAAAUACCCAGUUGCAAACAUUAGUUACAUAUACAAACAGCGGACUAUAUAAUCAUAAGAAAUAUUUUGCGUAUUUACUGCUAAUUUAAUUUUAUGGGGAUGUUUAAAUUUAUGGGGAUGUUUUGCUCACAUAAAUAUAGGAGGAAAACGGCAGGUAGGAGGAUUAAAAAGGUAAUGACUGUAGAACAGAGAACACUACAACAGUUUUGUAUACUACAAACAUAAACAAUAAAUAGAUUUGAUAUAGGAAGACUAGGAUUAAGAUCUACUACUACUUAAUUUAAUACCCAUAUAAUAUUUUGUCAAGUUCCUUAACCUCUCUGGGCCUACAUUUCCUUAGUUGUAAAAGGAAGGGUUUGUACUAUGUGAUAUUAGGGUUCCUUUCUAGUUCUAAAUCUGUGAGCAUGAGAAAAAUUUUAGAAUUAAAGAGACCCAAAAUUUCAUGAUUGUGUCAUAAAAAGAAAUCCAUUAGGAUUUUUAUAUACAGAAGUUGAAUUCAGAAUUAGUAGAAAAUUCAUAAAACAACACAGUCCCCAGAUUUAAAGACAAAUUACAAAAUACUGAAAAAAUAAAGAAUAAUAAAUAACAAAAUUCAUUUGGAAGAACAAAAAAAUGUAGAAUCUAGAAGAAAUAAGGAAAUGAAGGGUGAGUAGCACAUCCAGACUUUAUAUUAUAAAGCAGUAGUAGAUCCAUGAAAUAGACUAUAUAAUCAGAAACCCAACUGAAUAACUCGGUAUUGAAUAAAUUUGAGACCAUAAAUUAUUUGAGAAACUUGCAGGGAGCUGUUUGACAAGAUCUGCUGGGAAAAUUGAAAGGCAGUUGUGCAGAAAUUAGUUCUAGACCAGUAACUUACAUUAUGUAAUACAAUAAGUUCAAAAAUGGAUAUGAAAACUUAAAUGUAAAAGGACACCCAAGUAAAAAAAGAUGAGAUCAAAAGUAUGUCUCACAGUUGAUUAUUAAAGGAAAUAUACUUUAAUAUAUGCUAGUGACUCUGAAAGAUAAAAUAAUUUCAUUUAUAUUAAUUUAAAAGCAUUUGUAUGACUCGGGAGAAGAGAGCAUUGAUUAGGAAAAUAAUAUUUACAUAAAAUAGCUUGUAUAAGUAUGUUAACCAACAUAUGUUAUAAUUAUCAAAUGUGUAAGAUCAGUGGUCAAAGAAUAUAAAAAUUAUUUCAAAUGAACUACUAUGUACAUACUAUUAACUAUAUGAAAAGUUGCUUCAGUCCCCUAAUGAGACAAAUGUAAAUCAAAGCAUUAUUUUAUCUUAUAUCCAGUAAAUUAGCAAAGAUAACAAAUAGGGAAAUUGCCCAUGUCAGUAAAGCUAAUAGAGAUGUGAAUUGAUCCAAGCACUUUAGAAAAUAAUGUAUUAUACUAAAAAAAAAAUUUUUUUUUGACUAAAAUAUCCAUAUCCCUUGACUAAGAUUAUACUGUGUGGUCUAAACAAAGAAAAAUCUCAUGUAGCUAAGAACUAGGAACAAAAUAGCCAUGAUAAUGAAUAUGAUGAGUUGUUACCUAUUAAAUAAGAUAAUGAAUAAUGAAGAAUUGGAGAAAUGUGAAUACUUUACUGAACUGAUGUGGAGGGAAGUAAAGUUGAAAGGGGGAAAAAUGUACACAAAAACUAUGGUAAUUAAAUGAAAAAAAAAUCCUAAAAAAGAAGUAUUCCAGAGUUUUAUAAGAAAAGCAAGUUUGGGGGGAAAAAAAAGAAAAGUAAGUUUGACCUCAAAAAGAAUUGAGAAAAUAUACUUCCCUCCUUUCUUUGCAAAGGUGUGGGACAACAGGUUGCAAAAUUACACCGGCUUGGUUUUUUUCCCUCUUUUUAAUGUUAUAAAGGCUAACUCCAUCAUUGGAAAAGGAGCAAGGGAUAUAUUGGAAAAUGAAAAUGUUGUAAAUUUUUUAUUAAAAUCCCAAAAACGAAGAUAAAGAGAAGGUAAAGAUGUUUUUUUAAAAAAAAAAGUUGUAUAAAAUUGCCUUCCAUUACUGAACAAGUGGUUAUCUGUUUUCUUAGUCUUAAUUAGCCUUUCCCAUAAAAAGUUUAGAAAAAUCAAUCUCUUGUACUUCCAUUAGUGUAGAUCAAGAAAUUUCAAUCUUCAGC